UUGAUGUUGUCUAGAUCUAAUUAAUCAUGCUCUAAACUACAUGAGAAGUAACUAUAUAUUGUUGUCAAUGUUGGUACAAUAUCGUGUGAAACUUAAUCAAAUCUUUAACAUCACUAAGUUAACAAUUAUGCUCCUGUCAAACAUGAAUUUUCUUUGUCUUUUAAACGCCGAACAAGGUUUAUUUCCACCAUUUGACAACCACCACCCUAGAAGUAAGAGGUACGCGUACGUGUAUAUUUAAUUAAGUUUUUAUGUAAAGUAUAAAAUUUAUUGUCGCUUUAAAGAAAAGUAAUUGCUUCGUGGAAUUAAACUGUAAAGGUAGUAACGUUUAGUAGCCAACAUUAUAGACUAACGGAUAAAGACGGAGUAAGAAAGAAAGUAUAAGGAAGGUGUAGGAAGGAAAAGAAAGAAAAAAACAAGUAGAAAAGGAUAAGGAUAUUGUAGGAAGAAUAAGGAAGAUAAUCUCUUUUAUCAAAGAUUCUAAAUAUAAUAUUUUUGAAGUACUGGCGUAUGGUAAAUCGUUCUAACACUUCCGUAGGUGUAAUGAGGAAACAGAAAAGAUAAAUUACAGAUUGAUUUAGGUGACCUGAAGGUGCCAUAAAUAAUCUGUUCUUAACUUAAAAUACGGAAUUUAAAAAUCAUGUAUCGACCACCUUGUCUUGUGCGAGUCAUUUACAUAUGGUCUAGCAAACACACAAUAUGAGUUAUAUAAGACAAGGGGAUAUUAUGAUUCAUAGCGUGGACCUUGGUCAGCUUACGUCUGGGUCUAGGUUAGGCUCGAACAUAAACCAUUACGAUAGUAUGGAGUCAGCAGUUACUGAUAGUGGAGAACACUAUGAAACAUUGGGAAGACUCAGAAACAACACAGGAUGCUGCAGCGGGUCGACAAAUCAGCCGAGUGAUAUAAACACUAGCCAGAAAACAUACACAAGAUAUAUAAGACCCUGUGGAAACUUUUCAAAUCUCAAUGGAAAUAAUAACAGUGUGGCAAAGACGACUAAUGAAACAAUACCAGUCCAGUUAAGGACUCUUAAGAAAAGGAGAAGGGUAAGGUCCAAAUGUCGAACGAGAAAUGUUAUUUUCGGUUUCAUAGGAGGAUUAGUUAUUGGGUUUGUGAUAGCUUCCGUUUGUUGGUUAACAAUUGACCGGCUCAAGGAAAAUAAAAUUGUGUGUGAAUUUGUUGAAAAGGCAAACGAUGAGAAGGAAGAAGACAAAGAUAAUAAUAGGACGAAGAUUUCUUCAAAAGCACACAGUACUCAAACGACCUCACACAGCCAAGUUACAACACCCAAAGAACUAGGUAAAAGUACAACUUCCAAAUUAAACUCGCUUACGUCGAAACCAGUCAGACCGUCACAAGGUACAUCCGUUUAUACAACGGUGCCAAAAGUAACAUUGCAAAAUGUUUCUAAUACAGAACUGCCCAUAACUAGUCAAACAUCAACCAGUGGGUUAUCAUCGACUACAUCGAAUGCCAUUUCAACGGCUACAGAUCCAAUACCGAAAUCUUCUAGUGUUAUAAUGUUAAACACCACAUCAACUGGUCAAACAACAACAAGUCAGACAUUAUCAAAUGCUGAGACCACUGAUACACACUGGGUACCGACUGUGUCAUCCGACAGAGCCAUAACAUCUAGCACAAAGACAGACGGACAACAGACUAGAUGGUUCUCAUCUGCUUCGCGAAACGUCACUGAAACUAGCACACAUACUUCUACAAAUGCUGAAAACAUAACUCCAGAACAAACUGAAGAAGAUGGAACGAAGUUUUUUAGUUCAUCUGAUAAUCCUUUUAAGGAAUCAUCUAUUACCACGUCAUCAAUUUUAGAAACCCAGUCAUUGCAGCAGACGACGGAUCAUCCGAAAGAAUUUAAUUCAUCUAAUGAAAAAAAUGUAAGUUACAGUAGUAACGCGUCCACACCAACAUUUUCGACAGUAGCAGUUUCUUCUGUUAUAAAGUCGUCUACGCCAGGACCAAGUUCAGCUGAGACAUCUUCUUUUGAAAGUCAGCCACAAUCACCACCAACAGCUUCUAUGCCAACAAGUCAGUCAUCUCCGACACAACAGACUGCUGUUGUCGGCAAAAGAAGUGUUCAAGGCGGCCAUGUCUAUAUCCGAUGGGGAAGUUUGUCGUGUCCGAUGCAGGCGGAACUAAUGUAUAAAGGUUAUGCUGCUGGUGGCCAUUGGCAACAUCAAGGUGGAGCCACCAAUACAAUAUGUCUACCGGAUAUUCCUACAUGGGGUAACUAUAGUGACAAAGAAGAUGGGGAUCGUAACUUGAUCUAUGGAACAGAAUAUGCUAGCACUGAUGCGUCGUUCUUAGCAACUACAGGAAAGAAAAUGAGGUAUAAAGAUGUACCAUGUAGUGUUUGCCAAGCAACCGGAAGACUGUCCCACGUGAUGAUACCCGGAAAGACGGACUGUUUUCCUGGCUGGACACAAGAAUACAGAGGGUAUCUCAUGGGAAGUGGGUACAUACAAAAUCAUGCAUCGGAAUUGAUAUGUGUGGAUUCUAGUCCCGACCAUGUGACCGGAAGUGAUGCAGCAAAGGGCGGGAAUUUCUUAUAUUUUGCUGAAGUGCGAACCGGAUCACUGCCGUCUACAACUUACGUGAAUGGACGAGAACUAGCUUGUGUCGUCUGUACAUUGUAGCAAAUGAAAAAUAUAAGCGUGAUGCGUUCGAUUUGUCCCUUGCAGUCCCCACCGGUUAAUAUGGAAGAUCCUUCAAAAGGAUUUUAAGUCAGUUUAGUCGAUUCAAUUCCAGAAGUCAAUAACACCCAACAGAUCACAUCCGAAAGAUUUGGAGAGUCUAGCUCCAGGUGGUGUUUAAACCAUUUUCACUUGUGAGACCAACGCAUACAGAUCUAGUAACUUGCUUCCCGAUUGGAAAGUAAAAUCACCAUUUUUAAAAUGUCUGAAUGCAAUAUAGGGUAUGCAUGGCUUACUUAAAAUCAAGUGUAUUAUGUUUCCAAAUUUUGUUAGAACUUGGCAGGGAGUAUCAGGAUAAGUUUGUAUGAGAGGUACAUAUAAGAAAACAUGGCACAAUUGGAUUAAACAUGUCGAAAAAUCAUACUUGAAUCUAUUU